AUGUCAUCAAACAGAAUCCGGCCGGAGUUGGUCCUGCUGCUGCUGCUGGCGGCCACACUAAUCCCUCUGCUGCAGGCGGGGAUAGUUGGGGAUCCCAGGGAGAGGGACUCAGACUGGGAUCCGGACACCGCCAUCACCACCACCCUGGAUCAAAGCCCCUAUACGGAGCAGCAGCUGGAAUCGGAGACGGAGCCCGCCGUUCAAGUGGAUGGCCGACGCAUCGACUGCAAAUUGACUUUCGAUGCGGCGACAAUGGACUCGUUAGGCUGCCACAAUGAGGGGGCGUUGCCGGAGGGGAGGGCGUGGCUGGGGUCCGGGUCCGGUAAUAAGCCGGAGGAGAAGCCGGUGGAAAAUCCGGACUGGCAGCGCCACUUGAAGUCCCCGGACAGCCAGCCCAUCUAUGAAUUACAAUUGGUUGUUUGGCCCAGUGACAUCGAGGAUGGUGAUGACUUUAGUCCGCCGCUGGCCACCACCACCAGAAGGACCACAACAACAAGAUCAACAACAACCAGCACCACCCCAAGGACCACCAGCACCACCCCGAAGCCCUCCCAAAUUGGGACACCUAUUGAGCAAAUAUGGCCAUUGUACGAGGAUCAAUUGGUUGUAUUUCCGCAAAUGGACUUUGAAGAGGAGAAUCUUGAUUAUUUCUUCGACGAAGUGGCACCACCUACUUCACCGCCCACCUCGGCACCACCUACUGUCCGACCGGUGACCCCUAGCCAUCCCACGGGCACGCCCACACCCACGCCCAUUUAUGUUGUGCAAAACUAUCACGUCAUUCACCCUAACGGCAUCGAGGAAUACAAAUUAGUGAUGAGCAACGGCCUGGUGAACUACAAGAAGCUGUACACCAAGAAAGUGGGUGACCAGGUGGUAAACGUGCAGGAGGGCUACAAUUCAGUGCCCAUUCCCGGACCCAAGAACCAAAUCCAGACGCAGUACUACAUCGCCGACGAGCGGGGCUACAAUGUCUAUAGAAGUGAGUCUGUCCAGAGCUGA